UCUGUACUUCCGAUGUAAAUGUACACAUUGAUUGAUGACGUUUUAUGAACUGCUUGUCAGUACCAAAACGAAUUUUCAAAUUGUAGGACAACUAAGAUUAUUUCUUUUCUUAAAGAGUAUUAAAUAUUUUCUAAAAAUGGAUAAACUUGACAAUAUAGAGAAGAAAAAAGUCAUGGAAAUGAUGAAAACCAAUCAGACAGGGGCAAUAACUCUAGAUUGGAUGUAUCGUGAAGAGAAGCCAGAGGAAGAAGAUUAUUUAUUAGGGAAAGAGGUUGAUAAACAUAUAGAAGGAGAAACAGUUAGUUUUGAAGAGGAAUUUGAUGCCAAGUUUGGUGAGAGAAUAAAAGCAAAUAUUGCUCUUGAUAUGCAGACAAAAAUGAGGGAAGAUCCACUUUUUAUUAUCAAACAGAAAGAAUUGGAGGCCAGAAAGAAGAUUGUUGAGAAUCCUAUCAAAAUGAAACGACUUCAGGCAAUGAUUGAAAAACAAAAGAGAGAGCAAGAAAAAAAGAAGAAGAAAAAGAAAAAGAAGCACAAAAAAAGGGGGGACAGUGACAGCGAGGAAGAUGAUAAAUUAGUGGCUCAGUAUCUUUCUAUUCUCAGUCAGAAAAAUCAGCCAGCAGGAGGAAAGAGGGGUAGGGACAAGGAUAGGAUGAGGAGAGAGGAUGAGGGUGGGAGGAAAAAGGGGAAAAAAAGCAAGCAAGAAACAUCUGAUGAGGAAGAACGUGUUGAAGUUAGGAAACGACGAAAAAGUGAAACAGAUAGACUUCAGAAAUCAUUUAGUAAUGAAAGACAGACUGAUUAUAGACAUCGGAAUACAUCUAGUUAUAAAAACGAUAGAGUGAAAGAUUUAGAUAGGGAUGAUGAGGAUAAACAGAGAGACAAUAGGAGGGAGAGGCAGGAUAAUGGGGAUAGAAGAAGAGACUUUGGGAGGCAAAAUAGUGGGGACAGGCGGAGAGACUUUGGGGGCCAUGAUAAUGAGGAUAGACAGAGAGACUUUGGAAGAAAUGGUAGUGGAGAUAGGUCACGAAAUUUAGGGGGAAGUGAAAACAGGGAUAGAUUGAGGUAUGAAAACCAGGAUAGACAGAGGGAUUUAGGGAGAAAUGAAAACAGGGAUAGAUGGAAGGAAGAAAGAUAUAGAGAUGAUCAAUCAAGAAAUAAUAGCAGGGUCAGAAUUUAUGAACAGCAGAGAAGUAGAGUUAACAAUGAAAAGAGAAGGAAUAGAUCCUCUAGUGAUGAAAGACAGAAUGAAGAACAGAGAAAUAGGAGGAAUGAAGAAUAUAGAAGAAGAAAUAAAAGCGAUCAGAGGGUGAGUCAUCCUAGAAAUGAAGAAUUUUCCAGUUCCAGUGAUGACAACAUGUCAAAUAAAACAGCAGAUAGAAAGAUGAAUAAAGCAAAUGAUAGAAGAAUGAAUACUAAAAAAAUAGAUAAAAUCGGAAAGAAAAAUAGAAAUAAUUCUUCUAGUAAGGAGAGACAGAGAAGAAAACAGAUCAAUAAAAAGAGAACCCAUUCCACAAGUUCUACAAGCUCAUCAAGUAGUUCUAGUGAUAGUGAUGAACAAAGAACAAGUGCAAUGAAAGAGAGAAAGAUGACAAAAAGGAGGAAUAAAUCAUCUAGUUCAGGAUCACCUGAUACAACUAAUCAGCAUGAGAAGGGAAGACAUCAUUCCAAAAGUGAUGAAAGAUUGAGUGACAAAAUAAAGAUUGAAAGAAGAGGGUCAUAUACAGAAUCUUCAUCCCCUGAUGUGAAGAGAAGUCGGAGAGAGAUGGGGGAUGAUGAUGAAGACAGAAAACCAAAGCCAUAUGGUCUAAUUCUUAGUGCAAAUUCCACGAGGCAUCAAGGCUCAACCAAGUCCCGAUCUCCUGUAAAGCAGAGACAGCGAUCAAAGUCUCCACCACCAAGAAAUAUCCGAUCCCAUAGAUCAAGAUCUCGAGAGAAGAACAGACAAAGAAAUCGGUCUCCUAAAAGGGAAAUAACAGAAGAAGAAAGAGAAAGAAAAUUACAAGAAAUGAUGGACAAUGCUAAAUGGAGAGAUGAUCAAAGACGUACAAAUGUUAAACGUUAUAAUGAUGAAAGCAAGAGAGAGGAGGAAGAGAUGAUGAAAGGACACAAAACAAGUUUCUUAAAUUCAAUGAUGUCUGACCAUGCUGACCAGAGUUCGCUUGAGGAUCGUAUUAAAAGAAACAAAUAUAAUAUACAAAGAACACGAACUGCUUUAGAUAAAAAUUUUACUAAAAAAUGAGAAAUUGUAAAUAGAGAAUUGACAGUGUGCUAUUAGCUGAUGAAGUUUAUAUUAAAUUAAUUUUAUAAGCAGAUUGAGUAUUAUUGUGUCGAUGUUGAAUGAUCUUACCACCACUCAAUGGAAGAUUGUUUUGAGAUGUUCUUCAUGCAGUGUUGUAAUCAAGAUGUUUCCCUGUGCAUUAUUAAACAUGGAAACCAAGUCUGGAAAUAAGGCACCUAUCACAGACAAUACAGGCUCAAAUUCAGGCUUUGUCAGGCACAACCCUUGUUGUGUCUGUCAUUUUGUCCAGUACAGUUUUGUGUUCUUAUUUGAUGUUUUUAACACAUUGUAGAGAGUGUAUUGUAAGUAAACAUGGCUUUUUG